UCUCUCUCUCUCUCCCCCUCUCUCUCCCCUACAGACGAUUAUUCAUGUAUACCUGUCUAUGUAUACACGAGUUCGAACUUUGUUCAAUUAUAAUUGGGAUUGGGAAUUAGAUAUAUGACUGACUGUUAAUCUUAGAGUUCAAUUGUGACAUUCUGGGAGACUUUUGGGCGUUGACUGUUUGAAUCGGUGACGAUCUGACCAGUUCCAUCAGUAUUUUUAGGUGGCUAUUGGUUUAAUUUUAUUUAAUUCUUUUAGAUUGAAUUCUCAUAAUUAGGAUUACGAAUUAGAGAUAUAUGAUUUUUCAUCUCAUUGUUUAAUUUUGAGAUUUGGGGGAAAUUUGGGCGUUGACUCUUUGAAUCGGUGGUGAUCUGACCAUUUCGUUUGUAUAUUUAAAUGGGUCGUCCACAAGAUCCACAAAGACCUUUGUUCUUUGGAAAUCCCUUCCGAAUGAUAUACAAGGGCGCAAACCUGUCCCCAAAACUUCUUGAUCUGUUGAAAACUUUUGAGGUGACACUGGCAGAGAGGCUUAAAAAGCUUAAGCCAGUUGACAGGGAAGAUAUCCUACGUUUAUCAUGGAUGAGAUUUGCAAUGGAGUCACUUUGUGCAAUUCAUACUGACAUAAAAACCCUUAUAACUGCGCUUGAACUUCCUGUCUGCGGUUGGGACGCUAAAUGGAUAGAUGUGUACUUGGACAAUAGUGUGAAGCUGCUGGAUAUCUGCAUUGCUUUCAGCUCUGAGAUAUCUCGGCUCAACCAAAGCCACCUUUUUCUUCAAUGCGUCUUGCAUAACUUGGAGGGAGCCUCAAAGCAGUUUAUGCGAGCACAAUCAUCACUAGAUGGAUGGAGGAAGCAUAUUAGCUCAAAGAACCCAAGAAUCGAGAACUGUUUUGCCAUCAUGGAUUGUCUUGCUGAAACCAUAGACCUGCCUAAAAUUAAGAACUCUGCAAAGGGAAAGGUUUUGAUGCGAGCUAUGUACGGUGUUAAGGUGAUAACUCUUUUUAUAUGCAGCAUAUUUGCUGCUGCAUUCUCGGGUUCUAUGAAGAAGUUGGUGGACCUACAUGUUCCAGAGACUUUCUCAUGGGCAGAAGCUUUUACUGAUCUACAGGCCUCCAUGAAUAAUGAGAUAAGAAAGAUUUAUUCCAACCGAAGGAUCACAGUGUUGAAAGACCUUGAAGCUGUUGAUACAAGUGUCAACAAGUUGUACCCGAUUGUACAAGAUGGUUUGGACCCUGUCGAAGCUGAAGCGUUGCAAUACUCAACUUCUGAUUUAAGAACACAGAUGGAGAAUUUUUCACAAGGAUUAGAUCUGCUCGCAAAGGAAGUAGAUAGUUUCUUCCAAAUCGUUCUGACCGGUCGUGAUGCGUUGCUUUGUAACCUUAGAGUUGGCGGUAAUGUCACCAAAUCGGUGCAACCUACUGACAAUAUACAAGGUCAGGCUGUGAGGUAAACUAUGCUUGUAAACUCUCUCCUAUACAUAUGGAUUUAGCUGUUAGGUCUUGUGUUGUUGGUUUGAUUUUAUACUAAGUACUAAAUGUAGCUGUAUUUGUGGUUAUUCCUACCUGGUUGUAAAACGUUUGAACUAGUGCAAUAUUUCUAUCAUAUAAGUUUGUAUUGUCUGUAA